AUGUCCCUCCCUCUCCACCUUCGAUCAUACCGCGAGAAAUCCAAGGACGAGCUUACCCGCGAUUUCUUCAACGUCCCUCUACAAUCUUCUCUACCUGGUCCCUCUGAUCCACCCUCGGUGGUCAAGCUGAGAGAAAGGCCAUACAAGAAUGGUCAAGAGGAAUUGCAAAGUAUGGAUAUCAAUGCUGUAAUCAGUGUGGAAGGUAAAGAAGAAGUUUAUGCCGGUCGACUCAGCUUGUUACCUCCCUUUUUAUGUUUCAUAAGUCUUGAUAGGAAGUCAUGUAGAUGUACGAUUCCUUUAUAUACCAUUAGGAGGGUUGAGAGACUCAACUCGAGAGCAGGUGUAUUCGCUUUAUCACUUGCGACAUGGCAUGGGAUGAGGAUUAUCCUUCAAUUGACAUCCCUUUUACCGACCGCUGAACAUUUUGCGAUUUUGUUGAGGGAUGCCUUGAAGUCGCAGCUCUCCGCAAUGAAACAGCUCAAGCCUUUCCUCCCCUCGCUCUACUCCGAAUACCUCCUAUCCUCCCCCGUCUCAACAGCCGCAGGUCAACAGCAAACUGACCACUUGUUAUUGGGUACGGAGUUAAAUGAGAAAGCUGGUAAUGUCGGUACGGAGGCGGAAAGCGAUCUGAGGGGACCGGGAGGAGAAGGGAAAGGGAUAUACCAAAGAGGGUUAGGUGAACAAUUUGGUUUUCCAGGUGAUGCGCGGAAAAUGAGAGAGAGAAGUAAGAUGAAAUUGUGGAGGGAAUAUUUCAUGAUCCAUGGACGAAACCUUACUUUACUUCGUUAUCCGCCUUUCCAAAGGCUGCUUCAAGUUGGUCUGCCAUCUAGAUUAAGAGGUGAAUUAUGGGAAGUUAUGUCUGGUUCCGUCUAUCUCCGAUUUGCCAAUCCAGAAACAUACGGAUUAUUACUUUCCCAGAAUGCUGGGAAAUCCUCGCAGUCCACCGACGAGAUUGAAAAAGAUUUGAAUAGAUCUUUACCUGAAUAUAAAGCUUAUCAAUCAGAAGAAGGGUUAGCUAGAUUGAGGAGAGUAUUGGUAGCUUACAGUUUCAGAAAUCCUGAACUUGGUUAUUGUCAAGCUUUGAAUAUAGUCGUUGCUGGAUUACUUAUCUACAUGUCGGAAGAACAGGCUUUCUGGCUGUUGGAAGUACUCUGCGAUAGGAUAUUACCUGGGUACUACAGUCCAUCCAUGGAAGGAACCCUGCUCGAUCAAAGAGUGUUUGAAUCGCUCGUACAUCGAUGCUUGCCCAUGAUUCAAGAGCACUUCGUCUCGGUGGAUGUACAGAUUUCGGUGGCUUCCUUACCUUGGUUCUUGAGUUUGUAUAUCAACUCAAUGCCGCUCAUUUUCGCUUUCAGGAUUGUAGAUUGUGUUUUAGCCAUGGGUGUCAAGGUGUUAUUCCAGAUCGGUCUAGCUGUUCUCAAGAUAAAUGGAGAAGCUUUGCUCGAAGUGACCGACGAUGGGAUGUUCAUCAAUCUGAUGCGAUCGUACUUCGCAACCAUUGGAGACUCCGCUCAUCCAGACCAUCCCGAUCCCCGAGUCCGGGCUAUAACGAAUUUCCAAGAAUUGCUGGUUGUUGCAUUCAGGGAGUUCAACGUCAUUACCGAUGAAACCAUAACUGCCGAACGAAAAAGAUUACGAGCGAUCAUUUCUGAUGAGAUCGAGAAGUUCUCUAAAAGAGCUGCCGUCAGAAAUUUGAAGAACGUUGGGAAAUUCUCAAAGGAACAAAUUGGGAUAAUAUACGAUCAUUAUUUCUCUGCAAUUUGUUCACCUGAAGCUGGACCUUCGACAUAUCCUGGAAGUUCGCCUUUGCCAGGAGAUCAAUUCGAUCAACCGAGAAUACAGGUUGAUGCUCAAGGUCGAGUGGAGACUAGGAUCGAUCAUAGGACGUUUAGAGUGUUUUUAUCGCAGAUUGCUACUUGGGCGAGAGAGGAGACUGUCACGACGAACGCUUUCAUACAGAGGACGGAUAGACGAGUGGCGGACCAUGAGUUGAUUGAUAGGUUGUUCUUCGCUUGGGAUUCACAGAAUCAAGGUACUUUGUCGUUACAGGACGUAGUGCUGGGUUUGAAUAGGGUGAUGACUGCUGGAUUGAUGGAAUCGAUAGAAUGGUUCUUUGAGUUGCAUGAUAAAGAUAAAGAUGGCUUCUUGACUAAAGAUGAAGUCAUCCAAUUAUCUGAAUCAUUACUGUUCAUUUUCCGAAACGAGCCUGGAGAUAUCUACCUUGCAGCAGUAUCGAAAUUCAUUUUGAACGCAUAUGAGUUUGGGGAUGCUACCGCACCAGAGGGAAGUGUAGAUGAGAAAGUACCUAUACAUGGUGAUAGGGAGACUGCAUCAGGUGCCAGAGAAAGAUCAGAUUCGUCGGCUGGGCCGCAUAAUUUACCUUAUCUCAAUCUCGCGACCUUCCGAAUGGUUGUGCUUGCGGACGAGUUACUGGAAAACUUCUUUGCAAAUGACUUGACGGCUUCGUUCCAGUUGGAACAGACUGGCGAUGAAGAUUAUCAUCAAGCUCAUCAGCGACCUGAAGGACUAUUGGGUGGAUUAAUGAACCUCGUGGUAACUAAUGAGAACAAAAACCGGUUGAACAGACUUGCCGAUGGUUUCGGUGCCGCUCUAGGCAAACACGCCGAAUGGAGAAAACCCGCUCUAACCAAGACUGUCGAGUCAUCCACUUCGUCUGGAGACUUGAAAGCUAGAGAAUCUCUCUUGACGCCCGCUCAACAAGCUGGACAAUUCCAACGACCGACACCCCCCAGACAAAGAUCAUCCUCGGCUGUGUCUCAGGCGUCUACCAAGACGGUUGAAUCUACCACUACGAUCGGCACACCUGAUGAGAAACGUUCCUUGGCAGACGUCGAGGGUAGGUACAGGGAAGAAAGUCAAAUGGUCAAAGCUGCUCAGGAAGCUGUGAUGCACCGACCUAACUUUGCGAUUGACGCUAUUGGAGAUUCUGAUGAUGAUGGAGAGGGAGAAGGGGAUGAUGUGAUGGAUGAGGUUGAGGCGUUCUUGAAGGCUCAUGGGGAUGAUGAUGAGGGUCUGAAAGGGGAACAGAAAAAGGUUGCAGAAGAUCUCCUCAAAGCUGAGCCUAUGGGUAAAGGCAAGAAGAAAGAUAGUCCUUCUACUUCAACGGGUAAUUUAGUUGAUCUGUAA